GAUAGAGGUGGCAGCGAACUGGCUAUGUAGCCGGCUUAAUGGCUACACUUUAGCCACAGCGGGACUGUGUCAUGGAUACACUAUGAUUUUUUUGAUAGACUAACGUUUGCUGAAAUUAGUUAUACGACAACGGAUCCAGUGCGACAGGUCCUAAAACAAUAUGCAGCUAAAGACUUCACAGUGAAUGUAUCGAAUAUUAUCGGGCAAGCAAUAGGGUCGGUCGGUCGAUAUGGCAUAACGGUUCAGAUAUCAGUAGGCUAGUACGGCCGCCAAAGACGAGAAGAGAAGUGCCCUCGCAAUAUGAGUCAAAACAACACUCUCGAGCGAGCCAUCGACUUCAACAGCAUUUCGCCGCUCAGAAAUAAUAUUGCUGAAGCAACGAUCGGACCGCAGCACAUCGGGGCGGGAGUCAUAUUCUGAUUCGGACCAAGACCGAGACCACACGUCAGAAGCGGGAGGACAUACAGACACAUCCAUUUGUCUUGCUUGACGCGAGUAAUCUGAUUUCUUGCAGAUAUCCCGAAUACGGAAUAAGACGACAAAACACAAAGAUAAUGUGGACCAAUUCUCGACGUGUAGGCUACCACCAGGACCCAACACACUGAUUUCCCCUUGAUCUGACCGACUGGGCCGCAGAACGGGACGCCGCACCACCCAACUAAGCCAUCCAGGCAUCUGCUGGUUAUGAGCAGGGGGUUGGGAGGGAGGUUUGGGGAGUUAACAAACAUACCACCCACAGCUUUAUCGUAGCCCUCUCUUUCCUCGGGUGUCUAUUUUAUUAACAUGAACUGUUACCACCCAAAAUAUCCCCAAAACUAGCCUACUAAAAACAAAUACAACAUUUCACCCAUAUUGCAUUAGCAUAACAUAGCAUAACACUAGCAUAACAUUACUAUUAGUAUAACUAGCAUAACAUUACAACAAUUCUGUACCAGUGUUCUAUUGACAAUACUUAUACGCUGACACACAUUCUAAUGAUAUACCUAUCAAUACCUUCAAACAUCUAGCAGUAAAUGAUAAUUCCAAACUCUGCUACCAUAGCUUUGAGAGUACCCUGCAUAGAUCAGUCAUUCAACCUUUCCCACUUGUCAAGUGGUUUGAGGGCAGUGGUGAGGCACCUGUUGAGACACACACUCUGGGACCAUGCUGAGCAUCCUGGCUGCUGGCUCCAUCUUCUUCCCGGGCCUGUUCCUACUGUCUAAGAGAUGCCUGAAACAUGCCCCAGGCCUGGGCUUGAGCGAGGGAGACGCCGCCAUCGUGUCUGCCAGGCUGGUGUCAUCCAUCCAAGCAAUCAUGGCUUCCUCAGCUGGCUACAUCAUUGCAUCCUCCUGUGAGGACAUCAUCGAGGAUCAACAUUGGCUUACCAGUACCUAUAUCCUGUUUGCGGUGCCCUACUUUGCGUAUGACAUCUACGCCAUGUUCCUGUGCUACUGGCACAAGCUGCAGGUCAAAGGGCACGAGGAGGAGGGCGGCAGGCCUAAGCCAAUGGGCUCGGCAGUGGCCAGCUACCUGCGACGAGAGUUCCUCAUGGUGCUGCACCACGUCGUCAUGGUGACCAUCUGCUUCCCCGUCUCCGUGUUCUGGAGGCAGGGAAAGGGGGAUUACUUCCAGGGUGUCAUGUUCAUGGCUGAACUCAGCACUCCGUCCGUCUGCCUGGGGAAAAUCCUCAUCCAAUACAAGAAGCAGCACACUCUUCUUCAUAAAGUGAAUGGCGCCCUCAUGCUGGUCAUUUUCUUCAUCUGUCGAGUUCUGCUCUUCCCCUACCUCUACUACGCCUACAGCAGGUAUGCCUCCAUCCCCCUCUACACAGUGCCCCUGGGGGCUCCCUGGCAGUGCAACGUGGGGGCCUUCUGCCUCAUGGCCCCACAGGUCUACUGGUUCACCCUCAUCUGCAGGGGCGCCUUCCGCCUCUUCACCGGGGCCUCGGACUCCCGACCCCCGGCCCCCCUCAACAAGCCUGAUGGGGGCUGCUGCCCCGGCCAGGGAGACCCUUUACCUCCUCCAGCCAACGGCUACAGUCCCGUCCCCUACCAGGCAGACAGAGAGACCGACACGCACUGAGAAAGAGAAAGAAAUAGGGAGGGAGAGAGAGGAAGAGAGAUCACUGUGGGGAUGGGGCCAGCCAGACCAGGCCGGGGGAGGGAAGACGGAGGUCUGUCAAGGGAAUGUAUUGUACUGUAUUGCAAUGACACUGUAACCUAGGAGAGAGAAGAGAGGGAGAGAGAAAAAUUGUUUCUCAUCCUCUACCACUCUCUCCCUCCCUCCAUCGCCCCUUUAGAGUUACAUGGACCUCUGGAAGAAGAGAGAGACAGAUGGAAAGAGGAGAGGGUGAAGAAAGAAAGAAAGAAAUGAAUAAGGGAGAGAGACAGAUAAAAGCAUAGACAGGAGAAAGACUUGUGAAAUGGCAAGUAUUUAAAUAUUACGUGGUUGUACACACUGAUUUCAAACUGAAUGGGAAAAAAAAUGUAUGGAUUGAAAAGCGAAACAAUGAAAGGAUGAGAGAUAACACAUUGAAGAGCAAUAGUGAUAGAGGGAUGCACAGAAGGAUACAGACUGAUUAAGCAAGAGCGAUAGAUCUUAUUUGACUGAGUUAAAGGGAUAGAUAAAAAGUUGUCAUCUCUUGAAAGAGAAAUUCAACUGCUGUUCUAGUUUAGGGAAGGAUACAAAAUGAAUAUAUCAUAAUGUAUAGAAAUAUGUAGUCAAUUAGUAUUUGGUGAACAGUUGAUUUUGGUGACUGCAGAAAGGGGGACAAAGACAAUACCAGUAUUUCAACUUGUGAUCUGGUACUGUAUUAUUUGUCCAUCAAGAUGAUCCACUCUGGAUCAAUUGAGUGGGUCUUGUCUUGGGAAAGGACAGAGGGACACGCACCGGCGCCUCUGGUAUCGCUUUGUUCUGCCUUCUCUCCCCUCUGAAAUUCUCUCUUUCUCUCCCUUUUCUCCUUUGAGAGAACUAAUGUGGGAGGAGGGGAAGGGGGUUUACCCCAAAAUGUGACAAGUUUAUAAUAGUAGAUGAGUAAAUGUCAUUUUAGGUUUUUAUAUUGUUCUCAUUCAAAGCAUUUAUUUAUUUAUUCAUGUUGAUAGUUUUUUAUUUAUUUAUGUAUUGUGAUUUCUUAGUAUGGGUAGACAGAGAUGGAGAGAGAGAUGGAAUGUUGGAGAGAUUAAUUAAUAGAGGGAGGGAGAGAAGGGGGAAGUAGUAGACUCAAAUGGGACAAUAAUGCAGCCACGCUGUCCCAGUCACCCACCCAAGUUGAGUAACGCUGGCAGGCAGUCUUCAAUACACCACUGGGUGGGUCUGUGCAGCUUACCAGAUCUUUACAAUGCCUGGAGAGGUGUUUAAUGUCUCAGAAACCCCAUCAACAUGAUAUAACGCUCUGAUAAUGUGCACAGAACCUGUGUAUCAGGAACACUGCUAUUAUCACCAUGGUACUGAAAUGUUAGGGAAGGCUGUUGUGGAAUAUGGUCUCCUGCAGACUAAACAGGGUAACCACAUCUUAGAAUCUAGAUGCAUUCUAGAGGCGUUGUACAGGCGUUCUAGAGUCUGAUGAUGUAAGGGAUUCCUAGAUGAUCUAAAGCAGUAUUAUGAAGGAUUUAGAGAGAGUAAGUUGUUGCAGUGUGUUCAACCGUAUGGGUGGUAUUUGAAAGGGAUUGCACUGGCUGACUAGUGCUAUUACUGCACUGUACUGGCAACUGAGGUACUCUAGUCUCUUUAUGCACUGAGGGAUUUGUGUGAUAGGACCGAAGAAGAAACACAUUGACAAUGCACUGAGAGAAGGGAAUGAUGGGGGGUAGUAACAUGCAGCCAAACACAGGCUCCAAGUUCUAAUUUGUUGCCACUAUUUCAACCACUAUUUUGUUUUUUUUUGUUUCUUUUACUUGUGUUUGUUUUGGUGCCAAUGUAGCUAUCUAAGGUUGUGUCAUAACUGCAAGUCAAGAGGGUUGAAAUGUGCUCCUUGAAACUCAACCCCAAGGUGAGCGGACCUUGAACACUUGACCACUGCCAUGGGUUGUGACUUGGAGCAGGUCGACAGUGGGACUCUACUAGCCUGGUCCCAGAUCUCUACUGGUACAUGGAAGAAAAGUGAACAGAUAGAGGGACUACUGUAUAAUGGACUAUACUUAUUGCAUCAGGCUGUUUUCUUCUGUAUAGCUGCAUGAUAGGAAUGAGAGAAUGGCUUUUUGACCAUUGGCCAAUAUUAACCUGGGAACACUGUAACACUUAACUUACUUACUAUUUACAAUGUCAGUUAUGGUACUGUUUAAAAUGGCUUAUUGAGGACUUGUUAAUCUCCGCACCCAGAACCAAAUCAGCUACUCGAUUUUAACAUUUUGAAAUGUUUUGUUACGAUAGAUAUUUUUUUAUUUUCAUUCAUGCUUUAUAACUGAUUUAAAGGCACUGAUUAAAGGUACAUUGAUUGGGAAAUUGUAUGAUCAACAUUCUUUUGCAUACCAAAAAUUAGUCCUAAGCGUCCGACAAGGGAUAUAAAGUGUAGAGUUGAUCGUACAAAUCAAAUGUCAUUCCUCAAAAAUGAAUGAUAUGUUCACAAAUGUCAGUUGUAACAAAGAUUAGGGUAUCUAGUCAAUACGCAUCGCGGAAGGUCAGCUUUACAGCGUGAUUGAAAUGUAAAGGCAAUGUUCCCGCUUUAGCGGAGACUGCAUUCACGGUAAACGCUGCA